AUGGCGGAUCCGCUUCAGUUGUUGCGCGAGUUUACGAUCAGCAAGCGUCCAGUUUUGCUGGAAGGAGACGCCUUGGUGUUCGGAGACAUGCGGUUCCCACGAAGCACCGAGACAUCGUUUCGAUCGUUGAAGGGGGCGGGAGCGCGCUACACGCUGGAGGCGUGUUGGUUCAUGCUGCAGCACCAGGACACCAAGUUCGCGGACUACCUCGUGGAGUGCUCCAAACAUCGCUUCCCCAAGGUGUCGCUUGUGGACAGGAAGGAACUCGUGUCCUACCUCACGGGCAAGAUCGAUUCCUCCCCAUACAUCUCUCUCAUCUCUCCUGCCCUCAUUAGCACCACACCCGCCCCUAUACCUUCCUCCCUCGCAUCGUCCUACCUCGCGCCCUUUCCUCAUCAGCCACCGCAUGAUGCCGGUGCACCAGCCUACUCGCCCUUCGGCGCGGAGGGCAAGCGGACUGCGGGCGACGCACAACUCGAUAGCCACCACCUGCAGCAGCAGCAGCACGAGUCCUUGGGGUCUGUGGCCAAGAAGGCGCGGCUAGAACCGCAGGAUAUCGAGCUCGACGACCGCCUCAAGGAGUCCAAGCGACUUGUGGCACACCGACUUGAGCAGCCCAAGGGCGUCAAGGCUGCCUCCUCAGCGUCGUCGGCUGCCUCAGCUACCACCACCGACGCCUUACCGGCGGGCCUGUCAAAGGAGCAGAUGGAAGCGCUGCGUCUCAAGAGGAGGAAGAAGAAGCUCACCUCGAUUCAAUCGGAGGACAUCCCUGAGCGCAUUUCCAGCACCCGGGACAAGCCUAGUUACGUGGAAGCUGACGCACUCGUCACAGCAGACAUUAUCAAUCGCGAGCGACAACUUCGCACCCGUAUCAGCGUUCUGCACAGCGACACCAAGCGGUUCACAGACAUCAUCGGGUUCAUGCAGCAAUACCAGGAACGGGAAAAGAAGAAGAAGAAAGAGCAGCAGCAGAAGCAGGCCGAGGAGCAGGUGCGGUCGUCGGGCUACAACCGAUACGACAUCAAUGAAAAGCAGCUCUGGCGCACCAAGCUUAAGGGCACUGCGGCUGAGGACUGGGAUAUCGACACCCGUGGCACCUUUGCCGGUUUGUCCGGCCUUCAGUCCAUAUCGUCUGCCCUCACUUCGGCUCCAUCCUCCGCCACAACGUCAUCGUCCUCGUCGGGGGAUAGGCAGCCCCGCGAGAGGCGGCUCAGGCCCACUGACCUUAUCCCUAUCAUCAUCGUACCCGCCUCGUUGACUUCAUUGCUCACGCUCUACAACGUCAAGGAAUUCCUUGAAGAUGGGCUGUUUGUGCCUUCCGUCGACAAGAAAAACCAGGGCGCGCGGAAAGAAAACCUGGUUGUGGUGAAGCGGAAGAAGGGAAAGGACGACAGCACUGUUGUGCCCUAUCACGUGAUUGACAAUCCCUCCAAAUUUGGAGCAACAGAAUGGAACCGUGUGGUGGCCGUGUUUGCUUUGGGGCCACCCUGGCAGUUCAAGGACUGGAAGUGGUCCUCCCCAGUAGAACUGUUCUCCAAGACCCAGGGGUUUUACCUCCACUUUGAUGACUCCCAGGUGAGCAGGGAAAAGCACAAGCGUCACUUGGACAGGACAGCUGUACUGCAGUUCUGGGCUGCUGUAGACAAGUUUGCUGCUGCCAAGAAGUCCAACCUCAAGUACUAG